AUGCAGAAACUCCCAUCCGAUAUGAUGGACGAAAUUUCUGACGUCCUCUCCGAUUUGCGCGAGCAUGAACCGUACGAUCACUUAAAGGAAGCAAUCCUCAAGCGAACCGGACGUUCCGAGGAGGAUAUGAUUCAGGAGAUACUGCGGAACGUCACUAGAGGCGACAAAACGCCAUCCCAGCUUCUCAGAUAUAUGAGGAACCAGCUGGGAAAGCACAACGUAUCAGAGAAGGUUCUUCGAGCGAAGCACGAACGCUACGAGCCUAGUAAAACGGAACGGGCGUUGGCCGACCUUCAACGGCAAAUUCAGGGAGCUCCAGAUCUCCCUGCGCCCGCGGACGAGGACAUCGACCCCAUCUCGACGGAGACGAACCCCAGCCGAGAACGGCGAAGCGACCAGGUGUUUGUUGGUUUCAUCGCACAUUCGGCGAUGGGGCCAGGAAUUGUAAACCUCCCUGUACACACCCGUCGGCCCGGGGAAACGAAUAAACCGGGAGAGUCGCGACGACUAACUCUUCCGGUGCCAACACGCAAUGUCGUCUAUUUUACACACAUACGGAGAAAGGACCCUUACUCUGAAUAUCGGCAUGCGACGCGAUUUCACUGGACAUUUACCGUGGCCAACGUGAAGGUACCCAUCCUCGGCGCGGAUUUCCUGGCGCAUUACGCACUGGCGGUCCAUAUGAACCCUAGGACUCUGUCCGAUACGACGACGAAUCUCCGUGUCUUAGGUACCCCUACACGUCAAGGCUCCACAGGAAUCAGCGUCGCAACAUGCCAUGGUCGCGAGUACUUAGAUCUCCUGACGCAGUUCACGGAUAUAACGCUGCCACUCCAAGUAACGGCUUCAGACGUUUUCAAACCAACAUCUCCUUUCGUCGAGGAACUCCGCCACAAAAUGGCUCGGCAAAUAUGCAACUCCGCGACAGCAACCGGUGAAUCGUACAUCCCUCAACACUUGCGAGAUUGCAAAUUCGUCUUCGUACGGAACGACGCCGUGAGACGACCACUCACGCCGGCAUACCAAGGUCCUUUUCAGGUUCUUCGACGCACCGACAAGCACCUUACGAUCAAGCGCGCCAACUCGACCGACACCAUCGCAAUCGAUCGGACCAAGCCUGCUUUUCUGGAGAAGCGACAGUAUGACGCAAACCCGGCUCUGCGGCCCCUAAUGCUAUUCCAGCGCACCCAUCAGACGCAGCAGACGCAGCACCGCAGACAUCAAACGACACCCCAGCGACUCCUGUGCGGCAGACCCGAUCCGGUAGGAGGGUCACUUUCCUAA